AUGUUACCGGUUAUUCUCGACGUCGUCGUGCCGAUGAACGCAUCCCGGCCGCACAAAAUCAUAAUAGACUUCGAAAUGUUUCUCGACAAGCAGCAAUAUUUCUACGCCUAUCUGAUGGUCGAGAUCGUGAUGGCCGCAGUUGGAUUUUCAACGAUUAUCGCGAUCAGCUCACUGCUCAUUGCGUUCUUCAGACAUUCGUGCGCCAUCUUCAAAAUUUCCAGCAUUUUGAUCGGGAAUACAGUGACUAAACACUCGCUUGAAAUUCCAGAUGAUCGAAAAACGCGCGAGAUGUGCCGGAGGAUCACUCGUGCCGUUUGUAUGCACAGAAAAGCUAUACAGUUAUGUCUUUACCUUCUCAUAGCAAUGACA